AUGCCCCAGAUAUCACGGGUCCAGGCUAGCAGCACCGUACACGAUGCGAACGAUUCUUCGUGCGGAUCUAUCCUUCCCAUGAUACAAGUCUGCAACAUACGGGUGUGGCGAGAAUAUGCCAUCCCCCUCGCGAGUGAGGACGACCUGGUUAUGACCGCCAUAGCAUUACUUUAUUCGAGCCAUAUGAACGGGACGGGCACAGGUGAAUCUGCUCAACUUUAUCGCGACCACUUUACGCAUCUCUGGUCUAUGAGAGUAACGAGGUAUCGCUCCAGCGCUGGUGAAAACCACAAGACUCUUGUCGCUCUUCUUAUUUUGCUGCUCUCUGAGAUUGGCGGUCCUGAUUUGCUUUUCUUUCAGGCUGAAACCAUGUUGGUUGGAUGUAUGCUGGCUGAUAUUUUGCGCCCAUGCCUCAGACUCCAAACGUAG